AUGGCCUCGAAGCCUACCUCAAGAUGGACUUUUCUACAGCAAGCCGUUGCGUCGGUAGAAUCAAAACUAGACAAUAUUCUGGCUGAAGAGAACGACCCCGUAAGGAGGAGUAGCACGCCGGCGCAGCCUCCUCGGGACACCGCUCCCUCGAAAAGAAUAUCGUCAGAACUCUCACGAAGUAGCAGCAAUGCGUCCGCUUCUAAUGACAGACUCCAAGAACGCCUUGCGCGGGCAAUGGCAAAGAAGAAUGCCAGCCGAGCUGAGAGUUCGUCUGCUGUCAGAGACCAGUCGCAAACCCGAUCAAUACAAGAGGAUCAAACUGCUACACCUUCAGAGCACACGAGUCCGGAGGGCGACUCGAUAGUUGUGCCGCCGCAGGGUGAUCUAACUCCUCAGGAGCCUAAGGAUGGACAAUCUGGACCCCAGGACGAUUCCACAACUUCGGACAAGAAAGAUCCUCAAGGAUCAGAACCCAGUGAACCAGCGUCGGCUCUUCAUGUCCAAGGCGAGGAAGAACCGGCAAGUGACACGGUCAAUCCUACAGCGAAUAACCGGACUUCCUCAGAGAGAGCGUCCCAGGACGCACAAAGAAAAAGCGACAGUAUCCCACUGAGGCCUGAAGAUGAAGAUUCAGAAAGAGCUAAAGAAGAACUGGACACCUACAAUGAAAAGAUCGACUCUCUCCAACGAAAACUGCAAUAUCUGAGCGAAGAAGUCGCGGCCUCGGCCAGACAAGCCGCGGCUUCAGCAAAACAAGAUGCAGCUUCCGCCGACGCGGGUAGCUUGGAGAAAAGACUCGCCGAGAAGGACGAGAAGAUAGCUCUACUGAUUGAAGAAGGAACCAAACUUUCCAAAUCCGAAAUGACCUAUCUGACAGCAGUCAAGAAAUUGAAGGUUCAGCUAGCCGCCAAAAACAAGGAACAAGAGGCUAUCAAAAGCCGUGCUGAAAGGGCAGAGCGUUCCUUGAAGGCCAUGGAAGACCGGGCGUUGAAGGCUGAAGCAGCGAGCAAGAGAACGGAACAGCAACUUUCCGCGAGCUUGGCUGCUGCGAGUGACUUGGCAUCCAUCAAAAAGGAGAGGGACGCUCUCCAAUCUACCUUGGCCGAAAUGAAAACCCAGUUGUCAAGAGCAAAUGCAAGAGCAGAGGCCGCAGAAAGCAAAGCACAGUCAGACCAGCUGGUGAAGGAGCGGAGACGUAUCACUGAGCUGGAGGACGAUCUGGCCAGUGCCAGAGUGGAGAAGGAGAUAUCGGAAGACAAGUUGCGAAGGGAGAUCACAGAGCUGCAGGCCGCCCUAGAAAAGGAGAAACAGCAAGCUCGCGCCAUGGAGAGCGAAAUGCUAAGCGAGCAAGCAGCACUAGAAAGCAAGUUGGAGGCUUUCCGCGUCAGAGCGGAAGAAGCAGCGUCUCUGGACCAGGGCCAGGUGCAGGCCAAACUACUCCGACAAAUUGAGACACUCCAGAGCCAGUAUGCCUCUGCGAGUCAAAAUUGGCAAGGUAUUGAAAGUACCCUGCUCGGUAGGAUCACCAAUCUGGAGAAGGAACGGGAUGAAGUUGCAGCCAGGGAUGCGGAUCUGCGGAAAAAACUGCGUGACACCACCCAGAGACUCAAAGGUGCCGAACGAGAACUAGAAAGCAUACAGGUCAAGUAUGCAGACAUGGAAAAGAGUCUGGCCGAAGUCCACGAAGAAACCGAGAGGUUAAGUCGCAAGGCGCGUCAACUCGAAGAGGACCUGUCCAAUUCGUUGAAAGAACUCGAGGAACAGAAAGCAAAUGCAGCCAGAGAGCUGCAACGUAAAAUCGAUGAAGAGAAGGCGAAAUGGACGACUGCUCUGCACAUCCAGCGCACCGAGUCACCAGGGACGUCGGUCCGCAAAACUUCCACCAUGGGAAUGGGUUUUGACAUGAACCAUUUGAUGAGCCCUGUGUACGAGCGACCCAGCAGUCGAAGAUCUUCGAUCAUGCCACUGUUCGACUCGAACACGCCGCCGCGACAGCAAUCGACCACUUCUAUCAAAGGUCUUGCGAACUUGAAUGGGCCCACGGCAGAAACGCCGUCUGUGGUCACUUCAAUGGACCAAGACGAAUACUUUGCCAAUGUGCCUCCGACCCCGUUAUCGGUUAGUCACCACUCUCAUCGUGGCGGGGUCAACGACCUCAUCUCCGCGUCCACUGUCGGAGCCGGUCCUUCGGUUCAACUUGUGGAGCGAAUGUCCGCCAAUGUCCGUAGACUGGAGACCGAGAAAGCCGCGUCCAAGGACGAGUUGCUUCGAUUGACUACCCAACGUGAUGAGGCGAGAAAGGAGGUGGUGAAUCUCAUGCGUGAAGUCGAGGAGAAGCGGAGAAUAGAAGCUCGAUUAAAGACCUUGGAGACGGAAUAUCAGAGUCUGAAUGAGAGGCAUCAGACGACCCUGGAACUGCUUGGUGAGAAGAGUGAGCAGGUCGAGGAGCUCAAGGCAGACAUCCUCGAUGUGAAACAGAUGUAUAGGCAGUUGGCAGAUACCAUGAAAUAG